CAAAGGGCGGCGUCUCCAUCAUCACCUAUUUUUGCUGCUUCCGAAGCGGAGAGGACGACACCCUCUUACACCGUAGUCUCACUCACAUCCAGGCUUGUUCAACCUGGACAAGUCAUAUAGCCACGCCAUUCGUAGGGUGUCACGAGCGUUUUCGUCCCAAACCCUUCUUUUACCCUGUUUGUGAAGAGUCCAAACCUCUCUUCAACGACACUUGACAAAUCUACCUCACCAAACUUCACUCCUAUCACAACAACACCACAAACCACCUCUACCAAAGUAAAAAAAACCAUCACCAUGGCCCCCUCCCCUUCCCGCCUCACCGGGGCAUUCACCACCCUCAAGGACACCAUCCUCGCCCUCAUCGACCCGUGGAUCUUCCUAUCCCUCUCCGCCUCCUACCUACCCACAACUGUCCUCUCUCUCCUGCGGAAACGGCGCUUCCUCGCCCUCCUCGGCGGUCCUCUACUCUCCUCUGAAUUCCAAUCCGUCUGGUUCGGCCACUUCUGGUCCCGCGCCGGUCCCCAAGUGCGCAGCAACGCCGAAGCGAACGUCGUGCCCCUGCUAGAAGGCAGAGUAUCCAAAGGGCAAGUCGUUCCCAAGAGCGAAGCGCACGCGCCCGGAGUGGGAGGAGUCGUGCUGGAGAUUGGACCGGGGAGUGGCAUGUGGGUUAGCUUGUUUAGUGAUGACAAGUAUCUAAAGGAUGAAGAGGAGGAGGAGGGGCAAGGAGGGGAAGAUGAUGCCGAGGAGGAAGGACUGUCGGCUAGUUGGGCGACGAUAACUCCUUCUUCUCAGCAGCAACAGCAACAGCAACAACAAAAGCAGACGACAAAAAAGGUGGUGGGAAGUCGCCAGAGGAUAACGCAGGUGUAUGGCAUCGAGCCCAAUUAUGGCAUUCACCCGCUGCUUCAACAUAACAUUGCGCAGGCAGGCCUGUCGCAAACGUACACCAUCCUUCCCUUUGGCAUCGAGGAUAUUGAACGCUACGCGCCUCAGAUCCAGCCUGAAUCUCUGGAUUGCAUAGUCUCCAUCCUCUGCCUUUGCAGUAUUCCGGAGCCGCAAAAGAACAUUGCCAUCCUGUACCGCUAUCUCAAGCCGGGCGGCCGUUGGUUCGUCUACGAACACGUCAAGUGCUGCUCUAGCAAGCCGGGCGGUUGGUUCAUGAAUGCCUACCAGGCCUUUGUCAACCUCUUCUGGCCAAUCUGCCUCGGCGGAUGCCAGCUUCGUCGCGAUACUGGCCGCUAUCUGAGAGAGGCUGGCCCGUGGACAGACAUCGACUUGGCCCAGCCGCCUAAGGAACAAUGGCACCACACCGUGCCCCAUAUCUAUGGCAUCUUGACAAAAUAAGCAGAAGCGCUAUGGUCACGGAGUCCAGAAAUCAUCACUGCACCAAGUCACCACCGAGUCAUUAGCGAGGUUAGGGUGUCGCAUACAUGAUCGUUGAGGCAACCUUUCAGGCUCGAGAUAUGUAGCACCUGACUAGAACUACCUAAAGACUGUCUCUGGUACCUAUCUCAUCAUGAUCAUAUCCCGUGCUGAAAAUCCUCCAAGUGUCCGAAAAUCAACCGCCCCAGCAAUCGAUGGUGUUCAUGUUUCCAUCGUCCAAUCAAGAUGGUGUCUUGAAAUGACAUUUCAACUUGGUUCCCCUGAGAAAACACAUAGAACUGUCCGAAAUAUUAUGGCAGAUCUUUGCUCGCGAGCGCCAUAGCAUGGAACAAAUCUUCAUUCUCUGCAACUCUCCAUGGUUGGAUUUGUUCCAACUCUGAGACGAGCGGCGCAGAAGGGGGAGCGUUGACGAUCUUACCAGUCUCCACCAGCAGCCACGGCAGAGGACUCCCAACCACCGCCACCAGCUUGGUGAUCGAAACCGCCGUUGUCAAAGCCCGAGUUGUCAAAACCGGCAUUGUCAAAGCCCGCAUUGUCAAAGCUGGGUGCGGCAUCCUCGUCAACGAGCGGGUUGGGGCACUUGGACUUGUAGUGUCCCAUCUGUUGACAGUUGGAGCAUUUGACGCGGGUGACUAGAAUUGCAGUCAGUGAUCUGGCUACAUAUCUUCUAUCAUGUCAUACUCACUAUCACGAGGCUUAGGGCACUCUUUGCUGAAAUGUCCGAACUCAUCACAGUUGCGGCACUGGACGUUGUCCAUGUUCUUGGGCUCGGUGCACUCUUUCGCCAUGUGGCCCUCCUGGCCACAGUUGCGACAGCCGCGAGGACCACCGCCCUGAGGGCAGUCCUUGCUGAAAUGACCCACUGGCAAGAGCUGUUAGCCAUCAUAUACGCUUGGGGGACGGGUUACGCUACUCACUCUCGUUACACUUGCGACACUCAACACCCUCAGCGGAGCGCGGCUCGGUGCCUGCACAACUUGUCAGCAUUACUCGGGCUCGAUACUUGAUCACAGACUGGCUCUUACAAUCAGAUGCUCUGUGACCACUCUGUCCGCAGUUCUUGCAGGCAAACUUGUCCACGCGAGGAAUGGGGCCUAUACAACGUUAGACUGAAUCUUACUCCGCGGUAGAAGGGGGAGCUUACAGUCGCGGAUACGGUGGCCGACUUCCUCACAGUUGAAGCACUUGAUGACAAGCUCCUCCUUCUCCGCACCCUCCUCAGGGCAGCUCUUCCGAAUGUGCCCCAACUCGCCGCAGUUGCCGCACUUGGGUAUGCCGCGAGAGACAACCUCACCGGCGUCCUGCAGACGCUCAAGAUUCUCGGCAACAUCGGCCGGCCACAACUCACGGUCGCGAGGACGGGGAGGGUUCCACUGGAACCGGUAGGUGACGGUGUACUUCUUGUUGAGGCCGCCCUGCAAAUCCAUGUUGGUCAUGGUGGUCAUGACGGGCCUCUCAAUGGCAAUCAGCCACAAGUUGACAUCCUGGGCACGAAGGGCCUCCUCCAGCUGCACAUAAGUCGUCUCAGGGCUGGCCUUGAGGUAAAUCUGGAUAGCCUCUUUGACCUCAGUGACCUCCUUCUCCUUCGCAGCCUCGACAAUCAUGCUCCAGGCCUCCUCGACGGUCUUGUCGGGCAAGUGGCUGCGGUCGAUAGCGCGAGCUGCCUCACACUUGGCGAUGGUGUGGCCUGGCAAAGUCAUUAAAUGGUGUCCAAGGGUACGGGGGGAACAUAGGUCUUACCUUUCUCGCCACAAUUCUUGCAGGACCUCUCCGGGCAGUCCUUGACGACGUGGUCGGGCGAGUCACACUCGCGGCAGGUCAUAGCCGGAGCGUUAGGACACUCGCGGGCAUAGUGCCCCUCUUCGUUGCAACGGUGACAAGCACCGUUGGGCUCCUGAUGGCCAGCGCCAUCGGCAGCAGCAAAGUCGUCAACGGGGUUGCCGGAACCAUGGUCAUCAAAGCCAUUGCUGUCAGCGAAGGCAGUGCCUUCACCCGCACCCCAAGCAGCGUCAUUCGUCUCCCAAGUGGCCAUGUUGAUCACGGCUUUGCGGUGGGGUCUUUGGGAUUACUGGAAAGCAGAUGGAGCGUUGCGCUGCGUGGAAGGAGGGGAUGUUAGCUGUGCGUCGAGGGUGAGUCAAAUGUGAGAUGAAGUCGCGUUGUUGAUGAGUGGAAGCUGUGAGUGAGAGGUGACCUCUACAGACAAACGUGGGACCGGUGUGGAGGGGGCUGUGAAAACGAAACACCGGUCAACAGCUCAGGUGGAAGUGAGAGAAGACGCGAGAUACCAAAGACGUCGGAGGCUCGCGAUGGCCACAAGGUGCAGUGCGAUACAGACGGGAAAACGGUGGAACAUAAAAGGUGGUGGCACUUACGCGGCGCUUGUUGAGUGAGAGAGACCUUGUCAAGGUAUGAGUCCUGAUGCGAGUGCGUCGGCAAGUGGGAUGCUGAUGGAGUGGAAGGAAGGACCGGAGGAGAGAAAAGGUGGGAGAAGAAGAAGAGGGAAGAAGGAGGAAGAAGAAGAAGAAAGAGGGGGGACUUGGGUGAAAGAUGCCCGGUCCAAGUGGCAGGCAACUUGAAGAAAUCUGUUGUGGGAGGAGUGGCCUCGUGCCUGGUUUGAGCCUGAGG